GUCUCUCUUUGGUCUGUAAUGUUUAUCUAACCAGGAAAAUUAAGUGUAACAUGGACAUAUUUACAUUUGAUAUAUAUAUAAAAAAAUUUGGCUUUGGCUCCUCAUUUUAAAGCAUCACUGAUAUAGGCCUAUGACGUUUGCUUGCUCCAUUUGCCCGCUAUUCUGUCAGUUUGGUCUUUAAUUACAUUAAUGUCAUGCGUUGUGUUUCUCACGUGUUAGUUUGAGGGAAAGGCUCCUGUGCUCCACGAUCUGACCUCUUAUCAUGACAGGACCACGGACUCUAGUGGACACCAGGACAUCAUCCUCCGUUCAUGCAUUUCUCUUUCUCCUCUUAACCUUAAAGACGCUUUAGCAUUUGCUUUUGCCUAGUCUCUGGAAAACAUCUGAAUCAUUUUAACCAACUCCAGCUGUCGCCCUGGUGUGGGUGUGUGAGAAAGUGCAUGGCCGCCUGUGAAUGAGAGGAGACUCGAGCAAGGGUGACGUUUAGAUUUACCACAAAAAAAAAAAAAAAAAAAGUUAGGAUAUUUUUGCGUCUGUUUUUUGUCGGUAUGAACGCAGAUACGUGCGUCUCAUACUGCGAUAUGACCUCCAUGGAUUCAUAUUAUUCCCCAUCAUCAGGGCAAGGAAGAGUCCAGCAGGCCAAUCCUUAUAGGACGUUCCAGCCGAGCGACGCCAAAUACAGUCCCACUUUUCUGCCCGCAAAAGGUCAACCUUACGGGGACAAGCCGAGGAGUCCAUUCCACCAGGAGUGUCCGUCACUGGACGAUAGCUCACCCGAGAGCGCGUACAGCAAGUACCAUCUCUUUAUGCAGAGACCCACAUGCAAAACUCCCUCUGAAGACAGCAAACUGGAGGACGGCGGGCUCAUCUCGUGCUAUGGUAAAGAUGGCACUGGACUGACAGACACAGAGAUGCCUCAAUCUGCUGAUCCUACAGGUAUGGAUGGUAGUUACAUCAACUUGAAAGAUCCAGGGGUCAAAGGUCAAGCAGAACGCCCUGUCUCUGAACUUGGCAGUCCUCUAGACAAGAGUGAGGCUGAGAGCAAUAAAGGCAAGAAGAGACGGAACCGCACCACCUUCACCAGCUAUCAGCUGGAGGAGUUGGAGAAGGUUUUCCAGAAGACGCACUACCCUGAUGUCUACGCCCGCGAACAACUAGCGCUCAGGACGGAUCUCACAGAAGCGAGGGUGCAGGUGUGGUUUCAGAAUCGCCGGGCCAAAUGGAGAAAGAGAGAACGCUUUGGUCAGAUGCAGCAGGUUCGGACACACUUCUCUACAGCCUAUGAGCUUCCUCUUCUUACACGACCAGAAAAUUACGCACAGAUUCAGAACCCAUCUUGGCUCAGUGGCAGCAGUGCAGCCUCACCAGUGCCUGGCUGUGUGGUACCUUGUGAUACUGUAGCUUCCUGCAUGACCCCUCACCCCCACUCCGCCAGUGGCAUGUCUGAUUUCCUCGGUAUGCCAAGCCCAGGUGGGAACAUGGGACAGACACACAUGGGCAGUCUUUUUGGCAACUCUGGAGUGGGCGGAACCAUUAAUGGUUUUGAUCUCAGCGUUGAACCAGAUCGCAAAUCCUCCAGCAUAGCCAGCCUGCGCAUGAAGGCGAAGGAGCACAGCGCCGCAAUCACAUGGGCCACAUGAUGCCUUCAUCUGGGACACAGAAGACCAGACAACCUCAGCCCUAAGCUGUCAGCACUAAUGAGGUGAAAGUUAAUGCCAUCUGGAGCCAAUAUGAACAUGAGAAAUGGAGGCUCGAAGCUUUAAAACACUUGGAGAUUAAAUUUUGAAGUUUUCUAGAGGAAGUGGAUUGUGCAGUGGGAGCUUGAAUGCGUGGAAUCCGAUGGGCCAGUUUCAAAAUAGAGACUGAUUUAUUAAUAUACUGACUUCCCAUGUAUUAGCAUUGAGAGAAAAAAAUAUCAGUAUGCACUAUUUGUCCUAUCAAUUACCAGACAUGUACAUUAAAAUUCAAAAGUUUGGGGUCGGUAGGAUUUUUUUUUUUAUUUGAUUUUAUUUUAUUUUAUUUUUUAUGUUUAUGACCACCAAAAGUGCA